AUGUCUUUCUCCCCGGAUUCUCCUUUCUUCCCGGAUCUCCACCUCUCUCCCGUUUCCAGUUUGUCCUUUAACCUCAACAGUCUCACCUGCCAGGAAAGUGACACCCCGAAGCGCAGACUCAAGCUUUCUCCCGAGAGUGGAAACCCGAGCCCAGAGGCCUUGCCCGUUGCCACGGAUACCAAAACUCCUACAGGUCCAUCCCCCAAUUCACCAUGUGGAUAUGACAAAAAUAGCGCGAAGAAAGGCCAGACUCCAUCAAGGCGCACAAAGUCUCAGCCGAUCAGGCUUCUGGACAAAAUGUGGAUGAAAGUGGAGGGCAAUUUGCAUCAACCAGACAAACAACAUGAAGAUGGGUGUGCGCGAUCAGGGAUCAAUUCCUCCCCUCUGACCCAGCUCCAUGGAAAACGCACUGAACAGGCUGAUGGGCAUCAAUCAUCAGCUCAGAAAAGGAGAAAACACAGUAACCAUGGAAACUGGGAAACAGAUCAAAGACAGCUUUAUAAUCUCCACUGGUUGUCCUGCCUCCAGGAAGUCGACGUUAAACAAAUCCCAGACUCAGAGGAGGGAGUCCUCAUUGGUGAUUUCUCUAAAGCCUGCAUCCUGCCAAUGGAAGAUGGGAAACAUCAGGAUCUGAAAUACAUUUCAGCUCACACUGUAGCUGCGCUGCUGCUUGGGGAAUAUGAACGUGUUAUCCAUGAAUACGUGAUAGUGGACUGUCGUUACCCAUACGAAUAUAACGGCGGGCACAUAAAGGGAGCCCUGAACCUGUACUCAGAGGAACAGCUCAUCAGCACAUUCUUUUCAGGCCGACUAUCACCUUGUCCCAGGAAGCGGUGUAGGGUGAUCAUUUUUCACUGUGAGUUCUCUUCAGAGCGAGGUCCAAAAUUUUGUCGGAGUCUCAGGAGAAUGGACCGGAAUGCAAAUGUGUAUCCAAACCUCUGCUUUCCGGAGCUUUACAUUUUAAAGAAUGGAUACAAGGAAUUCUUCCAGGAAUUUGCGACAUUUUGUGAACCUCGGGGAUACAUCCAAAUGCACCACAAGGAUUACAGAGAGGAACUUCACAUGAUCCGUAGGAAAGUGCGUUUGGUGGCUGGGCAGCGCAGGCCAAAGGGACUGUUCCAAAUGGCAAAUGGACAUUGA